CGAAAAUAUUCAUACAAAGCAAGCGGCGCGCGAAGGUACAGCGGAGUGUGAUCGCACAAAUGUCAGACGACCCAUACCCUAAAAUCAACGUAGGAAUGUGACGAGCCGAACUGCGGCAAUUUAAAUUUUCGCAGCAGCGAGAGAUAGCGGAUCACUGAGAUCGAAACUGUAAAUCAUGGAAGGCCAUCAGGUAAGAGCAUUGUACGACUUUACGGGUGAGCCAGGGACAGCAGAAUUGUCAAUUACUGCUGGCGAGUUGUUAACUGUCAUACGAGACAAUGUGGGAGAUGGUUGGUGCGAAGGAUUUAAUCAGAGUGGACAGUCAGGAUUGUUCCCAGCAGCCUAUGUUCAAGUUGUGGAACAAGCUGCACCCUCUUCCACAGAUGUUAUGACAGCAUCUCAGCAAAGUUCUGGGGAGUAUUGGGACGACGACUGGGACGACGAUUCCGAGAUUGGACAGACACAGGCAUAUGUUCCAUCUGUGCAACAAUUACCACAACAAAACAGCACUGGCGACUAUGGUGAUCAAGCAUCCAUGCAUACUAUACAUUCUGUGAUACCAGAGAGGCCUAUACCCAAUGUACCAAAGAAAAACAAUAAGUUCUCUACAUUAAUUAAAUCGGGAGAGGACAGUUUCCUACUAGGUAGAAUGGUGAAUGUGCCUGAGAAUGAGAAAAUUUUUAUAGAAGAAAUAGAUGGCAAGUGCACGUGGAUGCCAACUAGAGAACCUUACAGUUGCGUUGUCACAUCGCCCAAAAAGGAAUCUAAGCUGAAGGGUCUCAAAAGCUUCAUUGUCUAUCAAUUAACUCCUACAUUUAAUAAUAUACAAGUUUCGAGAAGGUACAAGCAUUUUGAUUGGCUGCACGAACGCUUAGAAGAAAAGUAUUGCUUCGUCCCGAUCCCACCCUUGCCGGACAAGCAGAUAUCCGGUCGCUAUGAAGGUACAUUCAUCGAGCACCGGCGUACCCAGCUGCAGGAGUUCGUCGAUUAUGUUUGUCGGCAUCCCGUGCUCUCGCGCAGUCGUGUCUGGGAGCAUUUCAUCACGUGCACAGACGAGAAGCGAUGGAAGCUAGGAAAACGACAGGCGGAAAAAGACGAGUUGCUGGGUGUGAAUUAUUUUAACUCUAUUCAAUGUCCAGACGUGCCGCUGGAUGUUGUAAAAAUGGAGAUUCAAACGGACGCUUUUGCUAGAUUUAUUAGCGGAUUAGAUCCGAUAGUGAAAAACUUCAUGAGCGUGGCGGUCGAUCAGGCGAAGAAGCACCAACAGUUAUACAGAAGAGAAUUUCAAAAGGUCAGUCAGUCGUUUACGGCGCUCGGCCAUGCUCUGGAGGCGGACGAUAGCGGCCGUAAUAAUCUAACGCGCGCGUUGAAAGCCACCGGUGACGCUUACAACGACAUCGGCAAGCUAUACGAGGACCAGCCAAAAUUUGAUUGGGAACCGUUAGCCGAUAAGUUUCACAUUUAUCGCGGUAUUAUUAGCAGUUUUCCUGACGUUAUCAGCAUUCAUAAGAGUGCCGUGCAAAAACGAAAAGACUGCGAGCGAUUGGUCAGCGAACACAAAAUGGAGCCGCAACAAUUGCGCGAACUUUCCCAUCGAACUGACGUGAUAGCUCGCGCACUAAUCGCCGAGGAAACACAUUUCCAAACGGAACGGGAAGUGCAUAUAAACAAAGCGGUAAAAACACAUCUCACGGAACAGAUUGUUUUUUAUCAAAAAAUAGUCGAUAAAUUGCGAGAAGCGUUAAGCGCGUUUGACGAAUGAGAUUCGCGAGAUUUGCAGCUAUCCGCACAUUACAAAUUAUCUAAGCGCUAAAGAGCGAUAUCAUUACUAACACAAAAGUAUUUCGCGUAAAUGGCAGUAAAUGUGUACCAAAAAUGCACGUAGUCUCUACUACAAGGUGUACAUAUAUAUAGACUAUAUGAUAGCUGAUUAUACAUAUAUAUGUAUGUGUGUGACAGCUGAUCCUUCUGAAUAAGUGAUUAGAAUGAUCGAAGGUAAUCGUCAAAUAUUCGUGAGCUGAUCGAAUGAAAUCGUAAUUGAGACAAAUAUAUGUAUAUGGCUAAAAUCAAUGUAACAAUAUAGUAUAUACAAUUAAUCAUUGAUAUUAUGAAAAAUUAUAUUAAUCUUGUUUUUUUACAUUGAUCAUUAAACUCUUAAAUGUUUUUUUAUCUCUCGAUAGUUUUGAAGUACUAAUUUAUUUCCCGAUGAACACGUAAACGAAAUAGCAGGAACGUGAUGAUCUUUGAGUGAUCGAGCAAAGAUAAGUUCACGCUCGGAGCAUGUUGUAAGAUUGAGAAUAAACUACUGUUACAUGUUUAUUUAUAGCGAGAUCUUUCGAUUUUUAUUUUUUUGAUCGUCAUCGCACAGUCUGAUAAGAAUCACGAACAAAGUGAAGAAGCAUGUAAUAAUCUGAUAUUUGAUGCUUCCGCGGUGUGUUGACAUUCCAAGAUGUUUAUCGGGUUUGAAUCGCUUUAGUGUCAUUUUUAAUACCAACGUUUCGUGAACAUUUCAGCUCGCUUCAUCAGAGUUUCAGGAGCACCUUUGAUACUAGCAUGUUUCUAAAAGUAUAAAUAUAUAUUACAUCUAAACGACAAAGAUAAACAAUAAAGAUUAAAACAUCUUUUGCUGAAUAGACAUGUUCAAUAGUUUAUUCUCAAUCUACUUGUACAAACGUAACAAUAGGCUUACACGUUCUAUAUUUGGGUCUCUUCAUUUAUUUUUAAACCAAUUGUUCGUAAAAUUGACGCGCUUUUUAUUGUUCUAUCCAAAUCUUUCUCCAUUACGAUUGUUUUUUUUUUUUUUUUUUUUUAUCAAAAGACGCGCGUUUAUCUGUGUCGUUUUGCUAGAGAAAACAUCUCAAAUGUAUAAUCAUGUGUGAGAGAUUGUAUUACAUUUAUAUAAAAAUUUGUAUUUUUUACAGAUUUUGUGCUCGAUUGUAUUAUAAAGUAUCGUAUAUUGCAAUACAAAGUGAAUUGUUGAGGCUGGUUUUUUAGGUCGCGAUUUAUGUUAUCGUGAAAUCCAUAAAGUUCGAUACUCGAAAUUUAAUACUUUCGUUCAUAAUGAGUAAAACAAUUUCGCGAUGUAUUGAACUUUGCGAUUCUGCGACGUAAGUUAGCGGUUACUGGACUUCAUCAAACCAGCCUUUAUGAAUGUAACUUUUUGUAACUAUAGAAUUAUGCGUGAAACACAAAUAUAAAUUGUACAGCAUGUGUGUGUUGAUACUACUUAUAUAAUAUUCUGUAUUACUUAAUACAAUUGUCAAACAGAAUGAAAAUCGGAGAGAGAUGUGUGUAUAAAAGAUACAUAAAAAAUUGUACAAGCAUUUUUUAUGUUAAAUUAAAUGUUCUAUAAAAUAUAUAUGUAAAAAGUCCGUUUGAUUGUCUGACGAGCAGCUAAAUGUGAAAGAAAACGGUAAUAAUAGUUUGAUUUGUAAGAAAAAUACGCGAGGAUUGUGACAUCUUUCACGCGCACAAAUGUCGAUUACUUUUGUAAUGCAUCGCGAAUUGAGUUAUUUAAUGCGUAUCUAAAUCGUGCGAAAAAAGAUUUACGCAUUUUGUAAAAUAUUCCGAUGACACGCAAAAUCAUUGUACGUUCAACGAAACAUAGGCAUGAGAAGAAUUCUAAACAAAAGAUAUUUAACGAAACAUCACGUAAAUUUGCGUACCUUAAAUUUAUUACACGUUUUUUGUUUAGGUGAAAAAUAUUUAAUAACAUUUUUUUAUGUGAAAAAAAUGUUAAAGCGCAUGAAGAAACCUAAUGUAUAAGACGUGCUAUACACAUUCUUAUUGUUAUUGCAUUUAAAUAAAUUGUACAAAUAACACUGAGCUUACAUGUAUCAAACAUAGACGAUAUAAAAACAUAAACUGAUGUCUUUACAAAUGAUAUUAGCAGAGAGAGAGAGAGGAAAAGGGGAGAAGAGAAGAGAGAAAAAAGAGCAAACGCGUCUCUUCUCUUCGGAGAAAAAGAGUUUUAAUUAAUAAAUACCGCUAAUUGAGUCAAGAAUUGUAUGUUAUUUAUUUUUUUUCUUUAUCACAUUCUCAAUUAACUACCAUAUAAACAAUGGUCAUACAUGUCAUUUCUGGUCUGUCGCUUUCUCGAAUUGAAUUGAAAAUUUCUUUUUCAUUUUAACAAAAAAUAUCUCUCGAUGCAUCGCGGAACUCAAACAACGUGCUUUCAAAUGUGAAACUAAUGCGGUGCAUAUGCUCUGUUCGCGUACAAAAGACACAAGUUUUAAAAGGGAAUAAUUCAAUAAUUUCAAUUCGUCACGAAAAUUCAUGUACUUUUUAAUGACAAGUAUAUUACAUGUGUCAAACACAUCUAACGUUUGUGUACAAGAAAUAACAAAUCCACACACUCGUAACUAUAUACUGUUCCACGUUCAUUAACGAUAGAGAUAGACAGUCUUUCUAGUACUUCACGUGUAUAUUGCAUGCGAUGAUACUUUUUUUUUUGUUUUUUUAUUUAUUUAAUUUUUUGGUUUGUUUCUAAUUAGAGAAGCAACUCGUACAAAAAUAGCGUCCUGUUUUGUUUGCAACCACAUGAUCACGCAUACUCGAUAACUGAACGUAAAUAAGACGAAUCACGUUUUUAUUCACCGCGUCGUUCGCUAUAUUAUUUAUAUAAAUUUGAAAUGUGUGUAAAUAUAUUUAAAUCGUGUGAUAAUUUUCUUCAUAAGGAUCGUUCUUCGAAAGAAUAGGAAUUCCCCUUUUUUUUCUGGUAAAAGAAAUGUUCCCUUAAACAGUUUUGUUUUGAGUAAUAUCUAACAUACAUACAAAGACCACAGGAGAAGAACUUGACAAGUUCAUUUUUUUCGAUUUUGUUUUUUUUAUUUUUUUAUUUGGUAGUUAAAAUUAAGUAUUUUUUUUUUUUUAAUUAUUCACAAAGCGCGAGACGGGAAAAUUCUCGAUAGAUUUCAAGAUGUAUGAAGCAUUUUUAUAAAACGAGUAACAGAGAGAUACGUGUGUACGUUUCGAACUUUAAAAUCGCUAAUGGUGCGUAAGGGGAACAAUGCGAAGAGAGUACAAGUUGGUCGUGUGUUAAAUAUGUAACUAUUAUUGAAAAAAAAAAAAAAAACCAAACGUUUUUUGAUCGCAUUUGCCCUUACGCGUCAUUAACGACAUUUUCACGAGAAAUUCACUUCUCAACUUAAAAUCGUUCUCUAAACGAAAAAUGUAAACUUAUCAAAAGUUCUUCUCUUUCUUGCGGUCUUCAUAUAUAACAGCCCCUCUCUUCUGCGUGUUCAUUCAGUGUUUCGAAUAGACUACAGACGCUUUUCCAGAUGUAGAUAGGCCGGAAUAUAAAAAAGAGCACAUGCUAUUAGAGAGUCAAGCGUUUAAAUCACAGAAAAGGAGUUUCGAUAAAAAAAAAAAAACAAAAAAAACAAAAAAAAAGA